AAACCUGAGAAAGCCACAUGCAGUUCGAAGCAAAAGUGAGCUGUUGGGAGCUACCAGUAAGCAGUUACUUGCUGAGCACCUCCUUCCGGCCUAUUUGACUUUGAAGUAGCAGGCACAUGCCGUACAGCCAUUUUGAUCACUAUAAUCAUGAUCAUCAAAUCAUUACACCUAUAUUUAUGCAUAUACGUUAUCACAUUAGAUUCCUCAAUUGUUCCACACCAUGUUUGGAAGGCGCUCUAGCUGUUUUUGCUGCUUCUGUAGCAUAUACUACAUUCUCAUCAUCUGCUUCUCCUUGUCCUUCCUCAUAUUCUGGCUCAUCUUUCUUCCCCAAGAGCCUAAAUUCACAAUCACAGAUGCCUCUCUGACCCAAUUCAAUUUUAACAAGACCAACAACACUCUCAACUACAACCUCGCCAUCAACAUCACAAUCAGAAAUCCCAACAAAAGGGUGGGCAUCUACUACCGCCGCAUCCAAGUCAUUGCCAACUACCGAAAGAAGAGAUUUUGUCUUGUGACUUUGACUUCCUCACCAUUUUACCGAGGCCACAAGAACACUACAGAUGUGCACGAUGUGCACAUUGAAGGAUCACAGUUGAUGAAGUUUGGGAAUGCCGACAUUUCCCAGUUCAACAAGGAGACUACUGCCAGAGUUUACAGUAUUGACUUGCAGCUUGCUCUUCGGAUAAAAGCCAGGUUUGGCAAGUUGAAGACACGCAAUUACAAGCCUUAUCGCAAGAUCGAUUGCAAACUUAAGGUUCCAUUGAGUCUCAAUGGAACAUAUGCAAAUGGCUUCAAGGCUAACAAGUGUAGCAACGUUUAUUUCUUUCACAAUCCUGAUAUUGAUGAAGAUUAA